ACCUGAAGACACCAAAAUGCAUUCACUUCUUUUAGAAUCAGAAGAAAUCAGGGAGAACCGUGCGGCCAGCGGGCCGUUCUCCCCUGGGAUACUGGCAGGUCCCGGAGACCGCGCCGUCGUGCGCGAAGCCCCGGGUCGGGUCCCCCGCGGGAAGGGCCCGGGAGGGCGGCGGGCUCGGGCUCCCCUCCCGCCGCGAGGCCCCGGGCGCGGCGCCGCUUUAAGGCUCGGGGCCGGCGCGGAUGCGGAGGCUGCGGCCGUGACGUCAGCGCCCCGCCCCGGGUGAUGCUGCAGCAGCGGGGACCGCGGCCGGGCAGGCAGCAGCCAGCGGGGACAGGGAUGCCCGCCGUCUCCACCCACAGGGACGCCCACCAGCCCUCCCCACGAUGAUCCCCGCAGCCAGCAGCACCCCGCCGGGAGACGCCCUCUUCCCCAGCGUGGCCCCACAGGACUUCUGGAGGUCCCAGGUCACGGGCUACUCGGGGUCUGUGACGCGACACCUCAGUCACCGGGCCAACAACUUCAAACGACACCCCAAGAGGAGGAAGUGCGUUCGGCCCUCCCCACCCCCGCCCCCCAACACCCCGUGCCCGCUUGAGCUGGUGGACUUCGGGGACCUGCACCCCCAGAGGUCCUUCCGGGAGCUGCUCUUCAACGGCUGCAUCCUCUUCGGCAUCGAGUUCAGCUACGCCAUGGAGACCGCGUACGUGACCCCGGUGCUCCUGCAGAUGGGCCUGCCCGACCAGCUCUACAGCCUGGUGUGGUUCAUCAGCCCCAUCCUCGGAUUCCUACUGCAGCCUCUGUUGGGUGCUUGGAGUGACCGGUGUACCUCAAGGUUUGGAAGGAGACGCCCUUUCAUUCUUGUCCUGGCUAUAGGGGCACUGCUGGGCCUUUCGCUUUUGCUGAAUGGCCGGGACAUCGGCAUCGCCCUGGCCGACGUGACUGGCAACCACAAAUGGGGCCUGCUGCUGACCGUGUGCGGGGUGGUGCUCAUGGACUUCAGUGCCGACUCAGCGGACAACCCCAGCCACGCCUACAUGAUGGACGUGUGCAGCCCUGCGGACCAGGACCGAGGCCUCAACAUCCACGCCCUCCUGGCAGGUCUCGGAGGAGGCUUCGGCUAUGUGGUUGGUGGAAUCCACUGGGAUAAAACCAGCUUCGGGAGGGCCCUGGGGGGUCAGCUCCGUGUCAUUUACCUCUUCACUGCGGUCACCCUGAGCAUCACCACCGUCCUGACCCUGGUCAGCAUUCCCGAGAGGCCGCUGCGACCACUGGGCGAGAAGCGGGCAGCUAUGAAGAGCCCUAGCCUCCCGCUACCUCCUUCCCCACCUGUCCUGCCAGAGGAAGGCCCCAGCGACACCCUCCCAGUGCACGAGGCCACCAACUUCUCCAGCCCCAUCUCCCCGCCCAGUCCCCUCACGCCCAAGUAUGGCAGCUUCAUCAGCAGGGACAGCUCCCUGACGGGCAUCAGCGAGUUCGCCUCGUCCUUCGGCACGGCCAACAUAGACAGCGUCCUCAUUGACUGCUUCACGGGUGGCCACGACAGCUACCUGGCCAUCCCUGGCAGCGUCCCCAGGCCGCCCAUCAGCGUCAGCUUCCCCCGAGUCCCCGACAGCUUCUACCGCCAGGACCGUGGACUUCUGGAGGGCAGAGAGUGUGCCCUGACCUCUGGCUCUGACGGGGACAUUCUGAGGGUAGGCUCCUUGGACACUUCCAAGCCGAGGUCAUCAGGGAUUCUGAAGAGACCCCAGACCUUAGCCAUCCCGGACGCAGCCGGAGGAGGGGGUCCCGAAACUAGCAGGAGAAGGAACGUGACCUUCAGUCAGCAGGUCGCCAACAUCCUGCUCAACGGCGUGAAGUACGAGAGCGAGCUGACGGGCUCCAGCGAGCGCGCUGAGCAGCCUCUGUCCGUGGGCCGCCUCUGUGCCACCAUCUGCAACAUGCCCAAGGCGCUGCGCACCCUCUGCGUCAACCACUUCCUGGGGUGGCUCUCCUUCGAGGGGAUGCUGCUCUUCUACACGGACUUCAUGGGCGAGGUGGUGUUUCAGGGGGACCCCAAGGCCCCGCACACAUCAGAGGCGUAUCAGAAGUACAACAGCGGCGUGACCAUGGGCUGCUGGGGCAUGUGCAUCUACGCCUUCAGCGCCGCCUUCUACUCAGCUAUCCUGGAGAAGCUGGAGGAGUUCCUCAGCGUCCGCACCCUCUACUUCAUCGCCUACCUCGCCUUCGGCCUGGGGACAGGGCUCGCCACCCUCUCCAGGAAUCUGUACGUGGUUCUGUCACUCUGUAUAACCUACGGGGUUCUAUUUUCCACGCUGUGCACCUUGCCCUACUCGCUGCUCUGCGAUUACUACCAAAGUAAGAAGUUUGCAGGGUCCAGUGCGGACGGCACCCGGCGGGGCAUGGGCGUCGACAUCUCCCUGCUCAGCUGCCAGUACUUCCUGGCCCAGAUUCUGGUCUCCCUGGUCCUGGGGCCCCUGACCUCGGCCGUGGGCAGCGCCAACGGGGUGAUGUACUUCUCCAGCCUCGUGUCCUUCCUGGGCUGCUUGUACUCCUCCCUGUUUGUCAUUUAUGAAAUUCCUCCCAGCGACACUGCCGACGAGGAGCACCGGCCCCUCCUGCUGAAUGUCUGACAUCGAGGAGCCUCAAGUCUGGACUUGCACCAGCACCUGGGGGUCUGGAGCAGGCCGACCAGUGAGGACCAAAGGGCCUUGGUGGACAGGGGGACAGGCUGCCUACUAGAAUGUAAAUAUGUGAUAAAAUAAUAAAUGACAGCGGCAAAGCCUACA